AUGAAUAUGGCUCACAUUGCAGCAGGCUCCUGUGGAAUCAAUUUACCACACUCCUCUCUAUUCAAUGUUACCUUGCGGGAUAAAUCAACGCGUCAAGUCAAAUCACGGCCGCCUGAUUACUUCUGGAAGAAAGCUACUAGUCCUACAGUUUCUGAUGCUAGAUCACUGGGUGAACCAUGCCUCGAGGCUGAUAAUUGGUGGCUCGAUCUCUGCGUGCGAACCCCUAGCGAUGACGACGAAGAAGCAGCUCACAAGAACACGCCCGUCAGACCAAAGAAAAGUUUGCGCUUCACCCAACUAAGACGAAUUGCUUUCAAGGCCUUCGCCCCAAAAUCUAAUAACACAAAUCGACAAAAGAGCAUUGUGACGAGCACAGAAGUCAUUUUUCGAGAGGGAAAGGUUGAGGAUGUCGGUCAACGUGGAUCUAUGAAGUCGAAGGGUACUAGCAAGCGGAUCACAAUAUUCAAAUCUCUCAAGUUCAAGCGUAGAGGCUCAGCACAACCACGAGCUAAGAAGAUGGUUGCUAUUUUGAAAAAUCGUAUCAGUGCUGACAGUCCACGUGAGGAACAACCAAAAACAUGGGAUGAAUACUCUCGACUCUAUGCGAAUGAGCAAAUCGAUAUCGGUAACCCUCCUGUACCAAUGCUUGAGGGAGACGAUGGGAGGCGUGCCCCUUCCGUGUUGGAAGCCAGAUAUUUUGCGGCUCCGAACCCAGCGAACGAAUCAGUCAGACAGCUAGUGUUGAAUCGGCUUGGUAUUUUUGGAGGAAAGCCAUAUGAUGGAACAGACGAGGGUUUUAUCAGAUGGAAGGAUCGAGUUGACAUCGGCAGCAAACUGAUGGAAGAAGGAAAAGCCCCAUCUAGUCUCGAAUCGCCCUGGCUAAAUCAUUGUAACUCUUUCAUGAAUGACCUUGCCAUAAGUACCACCGAUAAAAUAGCCACAGAGAGUGACAUUAAAUUCGAUCGUCCACCUUUUGAGACGCUAGAGCAGCAUCCUGUUUUGCGGAAAAUUGUUAAUCAGUGUCGAGAGCUUUGUGGCGUCGCAUACAGCCUACUAUCAGUUUUUGAUGACGAUCGCUUAAUAAUAUUGGCUGAAUCUGGUUUGGCUGAUGCUGGGAUAGGUGGAGUGCGGGACGCGCCCCGAGAGUUGACUUUUUGUUCUCAUACCAUUCUUGGUGAUCGCAAAGGUUUGACAAUCCUCGACGCUCGCAAGGAUUGGAGGUUUGAGAACAAUCCAUCAGUGCAAAGUUUGAACACGCUGUUCUACUCAGGUGUACCCCUAAUCUCACCCAAUUUAGAUGGAAGUCAAGAAGCCGAAGAAAACUCAUACCCCAUAGGCUCGUUGUGCGUCGGGGAUUUCGAGCCUCGAGAGGAUUUUAGUGCUGAAAACCGCAGAAGGCUUGUCUACAUGGCGGAGUACGCAAGAAGAGAAAUCGAAAGAUGGUUCGCGCGCAAGAUGGAGCAAAAAAGGGAUCAGCUCAGGGCGAGUGAAGAAAGUUGGAAUAAGGAGGUGAAAAGAGCUCUUGGCCCCACGACGGACAGACAAGACUCCCUAAGUUUAACGCCUCAUCCUUUCCCCGAUGCUCCGACCGGUGGCAGAAGGACUACCCCAUCUUCCAAUCAAUCCAGCUUCAGAAGAUUGAGAGGACUCAACUCCAUAUUCACUCCCACCACCUCGCCAUCGUUGCAUACGAAAGUACCGUCACAAACUGCCGCUCAGCCCCGCGCAGGUCUCUUCGAAGAUAUCGAUGCAGUCUUGAACCCUCAGGUGCGAAAGGUUGUGGACCUUGCGACUCAAUUAAUCGGGGAAACUUUGGAUCUUUCCCUGGUGUAUCUGACAGCCGUACUCCCUCCUCGGAAAUCAGAUGAAUCCGGACGAACGAUGAUUAUUUCUGGUCACAACAUUCCUAUACCGGUUCCAGUUUUUGACGCAGGCUUACAUCUCCGUGCGUUAAGGGAGCCCGAUGGUAGUUUGCUUUACCAAAACCCUAGCAGCUCUGAAAAAACCGUGUUACAGCCUAAAGGCUCUAGCCCGACGGUCAAGGAGCAGCGGCCUAAUCCCUACGCAUCCGCAAUGAUAUUUGCUGUUGGUACCGAAGCUUAUAAUGACUCUGGCGGUUUUGUUUUGGCCGGAUACACAGAUGAUCCCAAGAGAGUUUUUGGCUCAGAAGAUGCUUCUUUCAUGAAAAAAUUUGCCGAUGAACUAUCUUCCCAUACCUCCAAAUUGCCACUGUCAAAUUCAACGAGCGACUGA